AUGGCAGAUAGCCUCAUGGAGGUUUACUGGGAAUGCGUCUUCCCAUUAUAUCCCUUUCUUGUGCCGGCUGAGAUGAAAACCGAGUAUAGGAAAAUAUGGAAUGGUGAUAGCCUGAAGUGCGAUGAAAACAUGCUGAUGUGCACGCUGAAUGUCAUCUUUGCCUUGUCAAGUCAGUUAGCUGAUUUUGUCCCACCCGAAGCGCGAGAAGCAUCAGCAGAUGCCUUUUUCUCCCGGGCGAAAGACUUGUUUCAAUUCAAUCUUUGGGAUACUGGAUCAGCAGCUUUGAUUCAAUGCUUACUUCUCAUGGCUCAAUAUCUGCAAAGUACAGAUUCUGCACAUCACUGUUGGAUUGUCACCGGACUCGCGAUCCGUAAUGCCCAAAGUUUGGGACUCCAUCUUCCCCAACACAUUGCCCGCCUUCGGAGUUUUCAAGAGCAACAGCUGGCGCGCAAAAUAUGGCACGGUUGUAUCUUAAUGGAUCGCGUCAUAUCUAUGACAUUCGGUCGACCUGCAAUGAUCUCAAAGGGCUCUGGUGGGGAGGUUCCCCUGCCAGCUGCAGUUGAUGAUGAAUAUAUCUCAUCUGGAUCAAGCAAUGAGGUUUCCCAGCCUCCCGGUCAGCCUUCAAUGAUGGCAUUCUACGCUAAGUCAUUAGAACUAUAUGAGAUCAUGAAUGACGUGCUCAUUAGCUUUUACAAACCAAUAUCUGAUGAGAAUGCGGAAGAUAUUCAUGACUUUUGUUUCGAUAAUGCUGCAAGCGAGGGAGAGCGAACAAUAUUCGAGCUCGACCGCUCUCUCACUCGAUGGACGCGAAGCCUUCCUCUACACCUACGCGGGGAUUCAUCGGCGGUAUCCACAAAUCCUAUAUUCUGCCGGCAAAGCAUUGUCCUGCGUGCGAGAUUUCUACACGUGCGGAUGCUUUUGUUUCGGCCAACUCUGUCUAAAUACUGCGCUAUUCGAGAUAAUACAACAUCAGACCCAUUGGUCUCGACGAACGACUCUUUCCCCUACCGGGUUGCGCUGCAGUGCUCUGUCAUAUGUGUCAAAGCUGCCCAAGAGUCUAUCGAAUUAAUCUACAACAAUGUUCCUGCUGAUGGGACUGGUGGUCCCUUGCCAGCUUGGUGGUAUAAUAUCCUUUAUGUUUACACCUCUGCAACGGUCUUAAUCGCUGGUCGUUUAUGCUCUGCAAUUCUUGCCGAGGUCAAAGAAAUUUCGAUUGUGCAGUCUUGGGACUAUGCACUAGAGGUUCUUCGAAAAUACCAAAGUUAUAGCACAUCCGCUCGUCGCUGUGUGGCAGCCCUUGAAAUCCUUUAUGAACAGGUUGCCUCUGAAGGUCUGCUGCCGAUCAGCUAUGAACCGAGUCGUGAGAUAGGGGCCAGCGCAAGUGCAGGAAAUGAUAUGGCCUUCGGCGAAGGAAUAAAUGUGGCUAUAUUGAAUAGCUUCGAGUUUCCUGAUUUUCAAGAUAUGUCAUGGUUGAACAGUGUUCCGAGCAACCUUUUCUAG